AAUCCGCCAUGUUUCGAAAUUGGCUUAAGUCUCAUCUUAAACCUUCAGAAUAGUUAUUUCGUAAACAAACAAAUUAUGUGUAAAGAUGGAAAGGAAAUCAAAAAUGUGGACUUUACUGACACUGAUUAUAAUUUCAGUGCCUGUCAUAGAGGCCCAGUGCAAGGCGGGCAUGACCGGACCAUCAUGUGAUAAAUACGACUUGGCAUACCAGAAGAGAGCAUACCAGAAGGAAUCCUGGGAGACACUGUCCGCCGGUCGCGCGGUGGAUGGCGACAUCACCAAGUGCACCGUAGCACCGAAGGUGGUGGACCAGCCAAGUUGGACGGUUGACCUGGGCCGCGACAUGGCCGUCGAGGGGCUUAUCAUUUACGCCGACGAUAACACCACCGCACAAUUAAGGACGUUCACCAUUGAAAUACGAAAAGAGGGAGCUACAGCGUGGCAGAUGUGUAACCACUUCAACCAGUCGAUGCCCGUUCGCUUAGAAACCACCUGCCGGACGGGCGCCGUCAAUGGCCAAUACGUUAAAGUGACGGCCCUACAUCAAGCGUUCAAGCUGGAAUUAUGUGAAGUCAGCGUGUACGGAUAUUGUUUGGGCGGGUCGUAUGGAAACUAUUGUCAGAAAACGUGCGGCAAUUGCUUAGCGGGAGAAACGUGCAGCACGAAUACAGGGGAGUGCCCAUCCGGAUGCGAAGCUGGUUACCACGAAAACACAUGUGACAAAAGAUGUGAUGACGGGAAGUGGGGGAGAGGAUGUACGAAGACGUGCGGCAAAUGCGCGGAUGCAGCGCCCUGCAGCGUCUUCACAGGGGUAUGCCCGAACGCCGGCCUCUGCGAACCCGGCUACGUCACCGGAAACUGCUCUUUAACCUGUCCCGACGGUACGACGGGUGUAGGCUGCCAGCCGUGUGGCCACUGUGAGGGUGGGGCCGCCUGUAACCACACAGACGGCACGUGCUACACCGGAUGUGAGACCGGCUACAUCUACCACGAACAGGAUAGGACCUGCACCACAGUGUGCCCGGAUGGAGCGUGGGGCAAAGCCUCCAGUGACACGUGCGAAAACGAGUGCGGGAAAUGUCACGUGCCCGGCCAAGUAGUGGCCGGCACCUGUAACUCGUCCACCGGCCUCUGCUCGGAUGGAUGCGCCUCUGGCUACCAGCAGACAGAGAACUGUAAAGUCGAGUGUCCAUACUUCAAGUAUGGUAUGAACUGCAACAAGGACUGCGGGAAGUGCGGGGCGGGGGAGGGCGAGAACCGGACGCUCGUGCCUUGUAACAACAUCGACGGCACGUGUGGGGUCGGCUGCAUCUAUGGCUGGAGCGGCAUCUUUUGCGACAAAGAAUGUGAUCCUGGCCUGUACGGUAUCGAUUGUACGGAGACAUGCGGAAACUGCCGAUCUGGACAAUGUGACAUCAUCGACGGCGUCUGCCCGGAUUUUGAGUGCGCGGAUGGUUAUAAUACGUCGGACACGACCUGCAAAACAGAAUGCCGUCCGGGUUUCUAUGGUUACCGGUGUGCCAACCGUUGUCCUAGCAACUGUGCGGAAGACUGCAAGGUGGAGACCGUCAGCGGUAAUACCAUGUGCACCACGGUGUGUGGACCGAAGGAUGGCUCCUGCACGUGCAAAGAUGGCUACCAGGGACCGCGAUGUGAAGAAGGCUGUAGUCUCGGUUACUACGGACCGGGAUGCGCGACACCUUGCAACCAAUGCGCGGCAGGGACGAUGUGUCGCCAGGUGGACGGCUGGUGCCUCAAUGGAUGUAUGGAAGGCUGGAUUGGGGACAAGUGUGACAUAGAGCGGAUCGUUGAAGUUUACAAGCCUUACUAUGGAAACAUUAUAGGCGGGGUGAUUGGCGGAGUAAUCGCGCUGGGGCUUAUAAUAGCAUUCGUCGUCUGGGUCGUCUGGCGAUACCGGAAGGAUAAGUCGAUCCAUAUCAAAGCCUUGGCGUCCUCGAUUCGCCAGUCCUUCCGGCGGAUGUCACAGCGGGGCGGCGACGGCAUCCGCCGCUCAAUCCAGAGACUCUCACGCCGAGGCCGUCGUCAAAACGACGAAAAGAAACUGGGUACCGACAUAGAUCCACCGGCCAAGACUAAUGGGGUGAAAGGCCAUCAUAAUACGGCCCGGAUGUACGAGUGUGUGAAGAUUCACUCGAACACACUGCACGAAGACAACUUCCCCAACCUCUAUCUCCGCCUCCAAGAGGCCACCGCGGACGGACGCACGCUCCUACAUGAUGCGUUUAUGUCAUUUCAAGCACAAAGGCCGAAAGCACAUAAAGAACAAAACGGCUCAGCUGGUCACACGAACACAGCUUAUUAUAAUGCAGCUUCGUCGGAAGAUGUCCAAAUACAUUUAAAUGGAGAGGGCACGGCGAUUCCUUCCUUUCUUCCGCUGGGUUCCAACCUGAGCGGUUUCCUGUUGAUCAAUGAGCCGGUGGUGUCGGACGUGCUGUGGAACCACCUGCAACAGCGGCAGAUAGAGCUCAUCAUUUCACUCGGCAAGGAGUCCACAUACAGCUGGCGCCCGGGGGAGCGGCUGAACAUCGGUCCUGACGUGGUGGAGGUUAUAGACAUGCAGCUACAUCCCUGUCACCGGGAGACCAAACUCACCGUACAGCGGAGGGGCGGUCAAGGUCGGCGGGCGGUGCGGCACCUGGAGCUCUACUUCUGGUCAGCGGACGAGCUCUAUCCGAACGUCUCCACACUCCUUAUGUUCAUGGAGACGUUCCAGGCCCUCCACAGAGCGCAGCGGGAACGCUCCAUCAUUGUCAAUUUCCUGUCUAUGUCGGAGCAGGCGGUGUUUUUCACCCUGGCCGCCUCCUGUCUGGAGAUCCUCGCGGAGUCACAGCGUAUCGACGUCCUCCGCACCGUCGCCAUAGGCGGUAAGGCCACCGACAAGGCCGUCAGGACGUUUGAAGGAUUUAAGUUUCUUCACGACGUCGUAUUCGACUACAUAGCACAGAAGGACAACAAGUCAUACAAAAGUCCCCCAUCUCAGCAAUAUCACAGUGUUGCACUGCACGCUGCUACACCAAAAAUAAGUCUAGAUAGAAGCCCCGAAGCCCAAGCACCCAGAUCUGACGCACAUGCCCGUGAUAGGAACUUUAAACAGCCAGGAGCAAACUUAAAUCAAAACCAAAGACAAACUGAGCCAAGCUUGUCACCAAAUCAGUAUCAACAGCCAAGGGCGCGUGCAGGUUCAAAUGAGAGACAGUUGUAUGACAACAAAGCUGGCCAACGACGCGGGCCAAAUGAACAGAGGUCUGGCAUGACCUCUCAACAAUCUGAUCAAGCUCAAGUGCACCAGCGACGAACGUCUCCCGCACAAGGGCAACAGCCUACCUCGCAGCAGCAACGGUUACGGGCACCUUCAGACCCCAGAUCGCCGGGUGUCUAUUCGGAUGAAAGGCCACGGGCGCCCUCGGAUCCCCGGUCCCGAGACGCUUACCAAAAUCCUAAGUUACGUGCCCCCUCAGAGCCUAGAUCACCGGCGGGCUCCAGCGACCAAAAACCGAGGGCACUUACAGAUCCUCGUUCCACCGGGCAGCAGCCCAGGCCACCUCAAACUGUUGACGGGGAGUUUUCCUUUCGGCCUAUCAACAGUGAGGUCAAGUCACAAGAUCAACCGCCCCUUUACAACUCCGUAGCAGAUAAGUAUCCCGCCCCAAAGAACCAGCAAAAGCGGUUGUCACCCAGCAACCAACAACAUCAUUUGUCAAAUGGCACUCAGAACAACCGUUCCCCCGUCUCGCCUCAGGGAUACCAAGACCCCGAGGGGCGCAAACAUUUCCCUGGUGGACAGCAGCAACAACGGUCUAGAGACAAGUCGCCGGGCAGAACGCUCGACCAACCACACCAACAACCGCCAGUUACGCAACAUAACUCUCGUUCAAGGGGUGCGUCUCCUGGACGACCGCUCGACCAACCAAACCAACAUCAACCAUAUUCACAACAUAAUUCUCGUUCAAGAGGUGCAUCUCCAGGACGGACGCUUGACCAACCACACCAACAACCGCCAGUUACGCAACAAAAUUCUCGUUCAAGAGGCGCUUCUCCGGGACGAACGCUAGAUCCCGGUCACCGGGAGCAGGCUCACUCGCGAGGGUUAUCGCCAGGGGGGCGUUCCCCGAAUGAACAUCAGCAGCGUUCGAGAGCGUAUUCGGAGCAUCCUCAGACAAAUGAGCAAGACCAUGAACAAAGAUCUAGGUUUCCGUCAUCAAGCACAGUGGUAUGACAGAUUGCUUAGAGACAUAAAGCGCAGUAGCUGGUGUUUAAAUCGGUGCCAUAAAUGGAUAUUGUGACUCACUAUGGGUUAUAUACAUGAUCUGUUUAUAGUUACACAGUCAGCCAAGCUGUCUUAUUUGGUUUUGUUUAUUAGGAGUACGAACAGUCCGGCAACCAACGUCUGUUUGUUUAAAAUAACCUCAUUGAUGACGUUGUUUUAUGCCUAUAAGCUAUUUGUUGCCAAGGUUAGAAGCCAGUUAAACUGUUAACUAUUAUUGCUUGUAUAUAUAAAGAAGGCAUUUUAACUAUAAAUAUGGUUUUCGUGAUAAACUUUCCUUCUACCUUAUUGUUAUAAUUAUUACUUGUUAUUUAAUUGUGACGGGACUUUUUGACAAACGUCACAUUUCCGUUGGAUUUUUGUCAUUUAGUAGCAAAACAUUGCGUUUCUAUAAUACACGUGAGGAGAUGAUAAAGUGUACUUAAAAAGUUUAAAUGUGAGACAGAUGCCGUUGUACCCAUUUAGAAAGCAUCCGCCGAACUCGACAGCCAAACUUUAAUUAAGUCAUUGGAUUUGUAUACCUGACGCCGCCUAAUUGUUUAGAGUACCAAUAGCAAUAAUAAAAACCUUUUUAGUGCCCAGCGGCAAAUACCCCGCGAAUGCCUUUACAUAAGCCAGUGCGCAUGCGCGAGCGUCUAAAUAAAUCAAUUAAUAAAACCAAUCAAUAACUAAAAGGAAAUUUGGCAGUUGCUUUUGUUACUAAGUGGAAAUUUGGCAGUUGAUUUUGUUGCUAAAUAGAAAUAUGGCAGUUGAUUUUGUUGCUAAGUGGAAAUUUGGCAGUUGAUUUCGUCCCUAAAUGGAAACUUGGCGGUUGAAUUCGUUACUAAGUGGACAUUUGGCGGUUGAAUUCGUUACUAAAUGGACAUUUGGCGGUUGCAUUCGUUACUAAAUGGAAAUUUUGCAGUAGCAUUUGUUACUAAAUGGAAAUUUGGCAGUAGCAUUCGUUAGUAAAUGGAAAUUAGGCGGUAACAUUCUUAAAUAAAUGGAAAUUUGGCAGCUGCAUUCGUACUAAAUGGAAAUUUGGCAGUUGCAUUCGUUACUAAAUGGAAAUUAGGCGGUAACAUUCGUAAAUAAAUGGAAAUUUGGCAGUUGCAUUCGUUACUAAAUGGAAAUUUGGCAGUUGUUUUCGUCCCUAAAUGGAAAUUUGCCGGUUGUUAUCUACUUUAUGGACUGUUAGUUGCCAGAGCCCUGCUUAAUGGUUAAAUGUGGAUCUGUCCGGCGAUCCUAUUGGCGGAGGGAUGUGCCUAAAUUUUAUUUUUGAUUUACGUCACAAUUAAGUCCGAAGCUGUUAAGUAUUUUAUGCAAAAAUACCUAUCAUUGUAAUCACAUCGACUGUAAAGGUAACUUUCAUUAACUGAUUAUAUAAAAUGUACCUCAAUUCAUGAUUACCAAGACUGUUUUGAAAUGACAGUAUGACAAACUGAAAAAUGACACUUCAAAUCGUUCAUCUUAUUUGUAUAAUUCAUUCAUAUUCUGUUAUACAGUUGCAAUUAUUCAUUUUGUUAAUGAUAAACGUUUUGAUUUAUUCAUGGCCAUAUCUCUAGGAGUAAAAGGUGCUUUGAGUGUAUAUUCAUGGACUUGUUUUGUAUAUUGUAUGCAUAUAUUUUAUAGACUAUUGGAUGUAUACUCAUGAAAUAAAAUAUUAAUUACCA